AUGCCGCGAACUACAGAGCUUGAUCUUGAUACGGCUGAGGCUCAAGCUUUGCUCACGCGCAGUCGGCGAUGUGAGCUUAUUCGUCGGAUCAACCGUGCGCUCAGUCACGGACGCGCUUCUGUCACUGCACACCGACGACGAGCGCUUGCCAGUCCUCGAGCGAAGGCUUCUGUCGGCUUCAAUCCGCCGCGCAGCCAGGCGUGGCAGAUCCUGCGAACGUGCGUGGCCGGACCUGAGCAGAGCGCAGCAAAAUACGAAGGCUGCCUCCGCUGCUCGCUCUCAAGUCCGGUCCUCGGCCUCUACACGGACAUCCUCCCUCCCUCCAUCACCUCUGGAUACCGAUACGAGUCCAACGAGAUCAUCGCGAUUGACGCGAUACGUCCCAUCUCUCCCUCUCCAUCUCGGGCACCCAAUCCAGGCGUGUUCGACGAUAGCCCCCCUCUGCUCCCCCUAUCUCCAUCUGGGCCGACUUGCGCGAUCCACGCCUUCGCAUCCUGGCCAAUCCGUGGCGGUCUCUCGGCACCGCCCUCGCUUGCCUCACGUGUCGCAGCUCUGGACCGAAGUUCGGUUCAGAUCCUUCCCUCGCUGCGACACGUCGGGUCAAGCGCAGGGUACCCCAUGAACGCCUCGCAUUAG